UGAACUUGCUUUCAGGUAAUGAUUCGAUUCAUCGAAAGAUUUUUCUUCCUUUUUUUGGGAAAAUGGAAUAGAAUAGCAGCCGUGCUUUGAUUUUAUUGUUGUUGUUGUUGUUGUUGUUGUUCAUGAUUGAGAUUGAAGAAGAUGAUGAGGAGGAGGAUGGGGAUGAGGAUGAUGAUGAUGAUGAUGAUGAUGAUGAUGAUGAUGAUGAUGGUAUUUUGAUUUGAUGUUCUGUAAAUAAUAUUUGAUCGGAAUUUGUAGGUCCCAUGUUUCCCCUGCUACCGCCAAAAUCAGAAGACUCGUUAAUUUUCCGACCCUACUGUUGAAUUUUGAUGGUUUUUCUCUCAAGAUCCGGUCCUCCGUCUCCCUCUUCCUCUAUUUUUCUGUAGACCUGUUCUAAUUCUUAUUUUUUUGGGGGAAUAUUUGUGCCAUUUAAGAGAAAUUUUCGCUUCGAAACUUCAUGCAUAGAUAAAGAGGAAGAAGACAUAUGAAUGAAUAAGAAAUGGGGAAGAAAGGGAGUUGGUUUUCUGCAGUGAAGAAGGUUCUCACUCAGCCUUCUGAGAAGAACAACAAGAAACCAGACAGACCUAAGAAAAAAUGGUUCCAAAAGGAGGAGAGUGUGGAGGAUGUGAUAUCCUUUUUGGAACAAACUUCAUUGGACGUUCCUGCCCAACCUCCUAUAGAAGAUGAUGUCAAACAAAUCGAACUGGAGAAUGAACCAAGCGAGCUUGUGCAUCCGGAGGCUGCAGAGCCGGUUGUUGCUGAAGCUCCGCCGGAUGUGGCAGUUGAAUAUCCACCUAGUCCUAGUCCUGUCCCCUGUCGGCCAGAAAUGUCGGAGGAAGCAGCAGCUAUUAUGAUUCAAACUGCAUUUCGUGGAUAUACGGCAAGGAGAGCACUAAGAGCACUCAAAUCGUUGAUGCGAUUGAAGACGUUGGUACAAGGGCAGUCUGUCAAACGGCAAGUGGCUUCUACUUUAAAAUGCAUGCAGACCCUUACCCAUUUACAGUCGGAGAUUCGUGUAAGGAGAAUAAGAAUGUCGGAAGAAAAUCAGGCUCUUCUCCGGCAACUUCGUAACAAACGUGAGAAAGAUCUCGAGAAGUUAAAAUUUACUAUGGAUGGUAACUGGAAUCAUAGCACCCAAUCUAAAGCACAAAUUGAAGCUAAACUAUUGAACAAGCAUGAAGCUGCAAUAAGAAGAGAAAGGGCUCUGGCUUAUGCUUACUCUCAUCAGCAAACAUGGAGGAACUCAUCAAAAACUGCAACCCCCACCGUCAUGGAUCCAAACAAUCCGCACUGGGGUUGGAGUUGGUUGGAGAGAUGGAUGGCAGCUCGUCCAUGGGAAUCUCGAAGCACCACAGACCAGCUGGAUGACAUUUCUGUCACGAGUGUUGCAACUCGUGCAUCUGUGGUCGACGUACUCCAAAUUUAUGGUCGUCGUGAUCAGAACCCGACCAAGCUUUCUCCAAGAACUUCUACAAAUCAAAAGUCAAGCCAAUUGCAUAAGCACCACUCACCUUCAAUUCCCAAGGCACUAUCUUCAUCAUCUAGCAGAAAGAAAACAAAUGCAGCCAAAUCAAGUAUAAGCAGCUGGGGCGGGGAUGAUGACAUAAGGAGCACCACUAGUGUCAAAUCAAAGCUCUCACGGAGGCAUACUAUUUCAGGGUCAUCAUUUAGGGAUGAUGAAAGCCUUGCCAGUUUACCUUCAGUUUCAAGUAAGGUGACGCCGUCGAAGGCUGUGAAAACUCGGUCGCCGUCGACAAGUUCAAGAACUGAGAAGGGAACAUUGGAAAAUGGGUAUGUAAGUGCUGGUUCUGCAAAGAAGCGGCUUUCCUUCUCAAGUAUUCCCGUUAAGCCAAGGAGGCAAUCUAGUCCUCCAAUUGUGAAUACUAGCUAAGUACACUAAAUUAUGAGAAAGUUCGCAUCAGGGAGAGUGGAGUAUCAAAAGGAAAGGAAGAAACAAAUUGAUCGAUCAUCAAGUUUGUCGAUUCGAGUAUUCGACUUUCAUCAUCUGCUUUCUUCAACCGCUUCUCGUGAGCAAAUAUAUAUGUUUCUUGCAAGCACCGAUCCAUAUCCAUGGCCUUUUCUUUUAGCUUCUUUCUCAUUUUUCUUUUUCCUAUGCCACUUGUCUUCCUGAAAUUUUUAUCUGAAUGUAAUAAAAUUUGUUUUUGGGUUGCAUUUUAUCUAUUGAAACCAUUUGUAAACCUGUUUGUCUAUAAUAUUGUGAAGAUUCUUGUGGGGGUUUUUUCUUUU